AUGACCAAAGUACUGAUUACCGAUAAUGUGGCCGCCGAAGGCAUUGACCUGCUGAAAAAGCACGUCCCGGUGGAUGUCAAGCGCGGCCUCUCCCCCGACGAACUCAUCGCGACCAUCCCCGGGUACGAUGCCCUAGUGGUGCGCAGCGAGACCAAGGUAACCGAACCGGUGAUCGCAGCCGGCGGGGACCUCAAGGUCAUCGCCCGCGCCGGCAUCGGCGUCGACAACAUCGACCUGGACGCGGCGACCCGCGCCGGCGUCGCGGUGGUCAACGCCCCGAUCGGAAACACCGUAGCCGCCGCCGAGCACACCGUAGCCCUGAUGCUGGCCCUCGCGCGGAACGUGCCGCAGGCUUAUGCAUCCAUGAAGGACGGCCAGUGGCAGCGCUCCGCCUUCAUGGGUAUCGAGGUGCGCAACAAGACGUUGGGCAUCGUCGGCCUGGGCCGCGUCGGCUCCGAAGUGGCCCGCCGCGCCGCCAGCUUCGGCAUGCGCCUGAUCGCCUACGAUCCCUUCGUCGCCCCCGAUUUCGCGGCCCGGAUGGGUGUGACGGUCGUGUCCCUCGACGAGUUGCUGGCACAGGCUGAUUUCAUCACCCUGCACACUCCGCUGACUGCCGGCACGACCAGGCUGAUUUCCGCGCCUCAAUUGGCGCAGAUGAAGCCCGGCGCGCGCCUGAUAAACGUUGCCCGCGGCGAGCUGGUGGACGAUGACGCGCUGCUGGACGCGCUGGAAAGCGAACACCUGGCCGGCGCCGCCCUGGACGUUUUCACCAACGAACCUCCCGGCGACCUGCCCCUGCUGAAACACCCCAAUCUCGUCGCCACGCCGCACCUGGGAGCGUCAACUCAGGAGGCCCAGCGCGAGGUUGCCAUUGAGGCCGCCGAGCAGGUGCUGGCCGUGCUGGAAGGCAAGCCGGCGCGCAACACCGUCAACGCACCCUUCGUACCUCCCGAAGUCCACGCGAUCCUGGCCCCUUACGUUCCCGUCGCGUCUAUGGUGGGCCGCCUGCUCACCAGCAUGGCGCGAGGGCAGUUCAUCGGCAUCACCAUCCGGUACCAGGGCGAGAUUGCCGAGCACAGUACCGCCAUCCUGAAAGCUGCGGCGCUGGUCGGCCUGCUGGGGCAGGUCAGCGGCGAGGCGGUCAACAUGAUCAACGCUCCCGUGCUGGCGCAACAGCGCGGGUUGCAGAUCACCGAGCAGACCUCCGGUGACAGCCGGGAGUACGCGAGCCUCAUCACCGCGACGCUGCACACCACCGGCGACGACAUCACCAUCGCCGGCACCUCCCUGCGCGACGAGCCGCACCUGGUGCGCGUGAACGAAUACUGGAUGGACGUUGCGCCAUCGGCGUCCUACCUGAUGUUCGUUGACAACCAGGACCAGCCCGGCGUCGUCGGCGCGGUGGGAACCGUGGCCGGCCGGCACAACGUCAACAUCAGCUUCAUGGAAUUUAGGUGUAUGGCACGCACCAACGUGAAUAUCGACGAUGCAGCAUGCGCCGAGGUCAUGCGGCGUUAUCGGCUUGCCACCAAGCGCGACGCGAUCAACUUCGCCUUGCGGACGUUGGCGGCUAAACCUGCCUCCGUUGAUGAAGCCCGCUCCUUUCGGGGGAUCGGAUGGGAGGGUGACCUCGACGCAAUGCGUUCCUACCGCGCCCCGUGA